GCCAACCUUGCGCUACUCGCAGAGUCGUGAAUCCUCCCUGGCGACCUCUCACGACAUGGCAAAAGACGAGUUGAUCGAUGAACAUGUCUCCCUCAGCCAGAGUAAGCGAGCGGUGGACGCGCUGCUUAGCCAUGCGGUGAAAAUCCAGGAGAAGAAGGCGCAGACGGAGUUGCUUCCGGGGAAGGAGCAGAAUGUAUGGCUUGCGGUCACUGUGAAGCAGAUGCAGCCGGAGAAGAAGCUGAAGCCGUUCAAAAUUCCCAUCGUACAUCCGAUAGUUGACCCGCGAGUUUCUUCGUUAUGCUUGAUCACGAAAGAUCCUCAAAGAGAGUACAAGGACUUGCUCGAGUCCAACGGAAUUCGCUUCAUCUCUCGCGUAGUCGGUAUCGAAAAGCUGAAGGGGAAGUUCAAGCCGUUCGAAGCACGAAGGAUGCUGCUGAAGGAGAACGACCUCUUCCUGGCCGAUGAGCGGGUCGUGCCUCUGCUGCCCGGCUUGCUCGGGAAGAAAUUCUUCGAAGCAAAGAAGCAACCUAUCCCUGUAUGUCUUACGCGGAAAGACCUGAAGGGCGAGCUCGAGCGCGCUAUCUCUUCAACCUACUUCCACCAAAACCAGGGCACAUGCACGUCGGUGAAGAUUGGCACUGUCUCGCAAUCUCCGUCCAAGGUCCUCGAUAACUUGAAGACGGCGCUCCCGGCCAUCGUCAAGCGCAUCAAGGGCGAAUGGGACAACAUCCAAAGCUUCCACAUCAAGACCAACUCUUCCGCAAGCCUGCCGAUCUGGAGCUGCGACCUUGGUGCCACAGACGGCGCACGCUGGGACGGUCUGGUCGCGGAUUCCGAGUCGGAGGAAGAGAGCGAGGCCGAGGAUAGUGAAGAGGACAACGAAGUGGAAGCGGCUGAGGAGGCGGUUCUUGCGAAACCUAAGGGCAAGAAGGCAGUCGCAGAUGCGCCGACGCCCAAGGCGAAGGCGAAGGCGGGCGAAGCAGAACCUAUGGAUGUCGAUGAGCAAGUUCCGUCGUCCAAGGAACAUGGCAAAGGCAAGAAGCGCGCUGCAGAAGACAUCAACGACACACCACAGAAGAAGGCCAAAGCAGAUAGUGCACCGUCCACGGCGACUCAAGCUGGACCGAAGAAGGUACGAUAGAUGACAUGUAUGAUGAAUGUCACUGAUUGAGGCUAUUUGCAGACCACAACAGAUGUGUCUGCAACCAAUGCUCCCAGAUCACCGGCCGUUG